GCGUUGCUCCUAUAUCCAAACGAUAUAAAUUGUUGUCACAGUAAAUCUAUAGUGUAACAUGAGUUGUAUUUCAAAGAUGUUUUGUUGUUAUGAACUCUGGCUGGGACUCCUUAUAUUGAAAUAUCUUCACUUAGGAAUUCAAGCUGAUGUUAAAAUAGACAAGUAUGAAUAUGAUGGAAAGACAGUUGUGCCUAAACAUGUCACUGGCUGCCAGGAUGAAAAAACUGGAAUUUUGCUACGCGCAAUAAGAAUAUCAAAAAAAUCAAACGAAAUCGCUCUACUACCUUAUGAUAUAACAAAUACUGAUCAUCUAGAACUAUGGAUAGAGUUUACAAACCGAUGCAACGGAAAGAGGCAAUGUCAAAUGAAUCAAAUGAAGUUAUUAAAAAAUAUGUUCGACAUAGUACUUCUUUCUCCUGAAACUAACACUACCAUUGAAACCGAGUUUGUUUGUAAGCCAAUAGAUGGAGACAACGUUUACCGUAUUGCUACAAACUUCAAGCAAGUCAUCAACAAAGUUGGCAGCUCUUCUGUGUACUUAAUGUACAACAAGACAUCAGAGAAUAAAGUUGUGUGUCACGUGAUCGCAGAUACAAAGUUUGUAACAGUAGAAAUUUUACAUUUUGAAUGGAUACCAUCUGACUGUAAGAACUCCAAAGACAGGAUAUCUGUAUACCGGCAUGACUUUGAUUGUUCCUGGACAAAAGGAAAAAAAGCAGUAACAGUGCAGCAACCUCACAACAUAACAAUAGAGUUAUUGAAACAAUCAGGCUUUGUUUGGCUAGAAGUUCAAACAGAAGUGGCGGACGGACGAACUACACAACUAAAUCUGACUUGUGAUUUAGAAAAUCUUCUAGAACCUUUUAAAACGGUACCUGUAUCCACUAGAAAGAGUUCAAUUGCUACAAUGGCGACACUUGUAGCUAUUACAACGAUCCCAAUGAGAACUUCUGCGUUCAUUACUAAGACGUCCAGACGUGUAUCUGUAAAUACCGAAAAGACGCGGACAACGUCAUCAACUACAAAUACAAGUAGACAUUUUGUAACAAUGUCUAACAGUGGAAGCAAACAAGAUGUUGCCAACUUUAAUGACCAAUGUCUACCAGUGAUCAUCACCUUAUGUGUCCUAUUAACCAUUGCUGUAUCUGUAAUUAUAUUUUUGACGUACAGACUAAAGAAAAGAAACAGGAGAUCCUCAAUUAAUGUUUACAGCACGACAAAGGGAAGUAACCAAGACAAUCAUCUUUAUAACGAUACAGUGGAUCUCAAUCAGUACGAGACUGUCAAGGAAGCAUCGCCGAACACAUACAAUAACCAAUUGUCGAAUGUAUUAAUUUAAAAAGCUGAAAUUCUUUGUUAUCUUCUCUUUGUUAUGUUCUCUUUGUUAUCUUCUCUUUGUUAUCUUCACUUUGUUAACUUCUCUUCUCUUUGUUAUCUCUUUGUUAUCUUCUCUUUGUUUUCUUCUCUUCGUUAUCUCUUUGUUAUCUUCUCUUUGUUAUCUUCACUUUGUUAACUUCUCUUCUCUUUGUUAUCUUCUCUUUGUUUUCUUCUCUUCGUUAUCUCUUUGUUAUCUUCUCUUUGUUAUCUUCUCUUUGUAAUUUUCUCUCAGUUUUAAUCAAUCUCCACAAUUUUUCUCUCUGUUUCCCUUUAUUUCCAACUUCUUCUCCUCUUUCUAUUUUUAGUUCUCGUUAUUUAAAAACAUUUUUGUCCCUCGUUGUUUAUUACGUUUUAAACAUUUUAUGUUCACUUAUUAAAAAGUAACUUUAUGAAAAAAUAAAUUUCACUUUAUGUCCA